AGACCGCACAAUCGUCAGGUCUUAGUAGUAUCCGAUUCGUGGCCUUGUUUUGUGGUAUUCGUUGACCGGGUUAUAUCGUAUCUGGUUACGUGUUUUUCUAUCAAAUAUUCGUCGAAGCGGGAUCCCGCGAUCGAGCCAAGGCGAACGGACGAUGCUCGGGAAUCGCCGGCAGGCCCGUUAAGUGGUGUUUUUUGAAUACACGCGGGUUUCGGGAGGCGAGCAAGUGAACCUAGUGUCCCCGGUAGAGGGGGAGAAGGCCGUAUUUGUCCGAUCGUAUAUGUAGCCCGCUCGACAAAAUGAAAAUGGCGGUGUUCCCGUACGAACGGAGCAACGGCCACUGACGAUGGUCGUUACGGUACCGGACACGUGAGGCGAAUCCAGUGUGUAGUACCUGCGUGUGUUCUUCUGCGGAAUAUCGUUUCGAGUGUUACCGCAGUACGUACACGGUACACGGUAGGCAUCGGGGCAUCGAUGUCUGAAUAAGAAAUCGGAAGGAAGCCAGCGCGAGAAAACGAUUUUUCCACGGAUAUUGCUGGGACAAACAAACAUGAUGGAAUGACACCGCAGGGGAAGUGUAAACCCCUUGGAUGAAAGUGGCCAGUGCUCCGGCUGUUCGAUUCACGUAACUGCAGGACGAGUGAAGCCUUCAUGCCGAUGCCGGCCGAGUAUCAGGAUAGCCACGGUAACCACGAGAACGCUAAUUUCGCUCUCGGGGCCACACAGGACGCCAGCAACAUGACGGCCAAUAUGUACCGGGUGGGAGAUUAUGUAUAUUUUGAAACAUCCUCUACGUCUCCCUACCAGAUAAGGAGGAUAGAAGAAUUAAAUAAGACGGCCAGUGGAAAUGUCGAAGCAAAAGUCAUGUGCUUCUUUAGGCGGAGGGAUUUGCCAUCUACGUUAAUCAUGCUUGCAGAUAAACACCAGUUGGCAAACGCGGAGCAGCAGAGGUCAGAAUCCCCUGCAAACAUGCAGAGUCAGAAACUCGAGAAUCCAGAUACUACUAAGGAAAUGACUAAUAAAGAUGGGAUCGGGCCCAAAGUGAUGAACAAAGGGGGCGGGAAGGGGGGCUGGCUGAAAGCUCCACUGUCAGAGGCCCAAGAGCCUCAUGGGAUGGAAGAAAAUGUAGUUGGUGCUGGAGGAGUUACAGAAUUAAGUAAUAAACAACGUCAUCAAAUGAAACAUAGAGAACUGUUCUUGUCACGUCAGGUGGAAACAAUGCCCGCAACGCAUAUAAGAGGCAAAUGCUGUGUGACUUUAUUAAACGAAACAGAAUCUUUACUAAGCUAUUUAAACAAAGAAGAUUCUUUCUUCUAUUGCUUAGUAUUUGAUCCUGCUCAACGUACUUUGCUUGCUGAUAAAGGUGAAAUUAGAGUAGGUAGUAGAUAUCAAGCUGAUGGAAUAGCACCAGUUCCACUGACACCUGCUGAAAGAGAGUCAGAUCCUCGUAGGUUGCAAGAUUUAGAAACAUUGGUUUGGACACCACGGCAUUCACUAACAGAUCGUCAAAUUGAUCAAUUUCUUGUUGUCAGUAGAUCUGUAGGCACAUUUGCAAGAGCCUUAGACUGUUCAUCUUCGGUCAAACAGCCAUCUUUGCACAUGUCUGCAGCAGCUGCCUCUAGAGACAUCACUCUUUUCCAUGCUAUGGAUACUUUACAUCGACACAAUUAUGACGUUGCGAAAGCUAUGUCAUCUUUAGUACCUAGCACUGGUCCAGUAUUAUGCAGAGACGAAAUGGAAGAGUGGAGUGCAUCUGAGGCGAACCUUUUUGAAGAAGCGCUUGAUAAGUAUGGAAAGGAUUUCUCUGACAUACGUCAAGACUUUUUACCAUGGAAAACAUUAAAAAAUGUUAUUGAAUACUAUUACAUGUGGAAGACAACCGACAGAUAUGUACAGCAAAAGAGGGUGAAAGCUGUAGAAGCUGAAAGUAAAUUGAAACAAGUUUAUAUACCAAAUUAUAACAAGACGGCUCCACCUACAACUGCCCCUUCUGCAGCAACGAUUGUACCUCUUGGCAAUAGUAAUAGCAAUAGCAAUGGAAAACCAACUAAUGUUCUCAACGGUAAUAGCAACGGUAACAUGACAACUGAUAACAGCGGGAUAUUGAUGGUUGGAGUUAGCGGAAAACCAUGCGAGAGUUGUCAAGUAAUACAAAGUCCACAAUGGUAUGCUUGGGGUCCAUCUCAUAUGCAGUGCCGUCUUUGCCAAUCUUGUUGGACAUAUUGGAAGAAAUACGGCGGUUUGAAGGUUCCGUCGCGUAUAGAUGAUGUUGACAUAGAAAGAAAAAGAGGUGGUACUGGCUCGGACGAAGAGAGCAAGGGAAUUGGCGGUGCUCACAGACCUCAUCGAUGUAGUAUUCCUACCUGUGGUAAAGAAUUCAAGCUCAAAGCACAUUUAAGUCGUCACUACGCGAGCGCUCACGGAGUCGAUCUACGUGGAAGCGGAGCGAGCGGAGGUGGCGGAAAUGGAUCACCCAGACCUGUAAUGAAAACUCGAUCGGCGUUUUAUUUACGUACUUCGGCAUUGGCGCGAGCUGCACGACGAUUGUGCGCAGCGCAAUUACGUACGCGUCAUGCGGCGCGAGCACCUCAUCAACCUGUGAACGCAGCUCCGUUGCGACAUCUUUGCGCGUCUCCUCAGUUGACGUCGAAAAGCUCUGCAGAGUUACGUAUUUUAGCGCGUGCUGUGCGGCCUCGGCCUCGUCCGCGUGUAACCGAUAUAGCAACGCGUUUAGGUGAUCAUCCUGCUCCACGACAACCUGGAGACUGGGAUUGGUUAGCUCUUACAGCACCAGCACAACGAAAACAACCAGAUCGGGUUUCCUUCCCUAGACCACCAAAAGCACCAGAUGGAAGUCUUUUGUAUGAAAGAGUACCAAAUAAAUCUGAUGUAGAUAGGCUGACGAUAACUCCACCUCAACCACAACCUAGUAUGCAGGUCCAACAAACAAUAUUGAAACGCACAAGACCUCCAUUCGACGAGAUCAACGGAUCAGAUGGCUUCUACUCUGAUGUGGAUUGGGAUGAAGGUAUUGCCCUAAGUGCAGGGCUGCCUGGUGGACCACCUGCAAAAAGGGCUCAUCAUUCUCAGCAGCUCCAUCCGAAACAUACUUUGGAGCACGCAGCACCUGCUGUUCUUCCCUUAGCACCACCCCUAAAUGGAAGAGCUGCACAUCCUCAUACCUUGUCACAUGGUGCACCAUUAUCCAGAAGUAAUGCACGCAAGCAAGUAAUUUCAUGGAUGGAUGCACCGGAUGACGUUUACUUUCGUGCUUCAGAUCAAACUAAAAGACUUAGAAGAACUCUUUCAUCAGUCGAACUUCGAAGAGCAGCGCGCAAACCAUGGCGUAAAUUACCAGGUCCUCUGCAUUCUAGCCAUUCACAGAGAGCGGUACGCGGCGAUGACAUGGUGGUUAUCCUGGACUGAAUUAUUAAUACAAUCAACCAGAUAAACUGAUAGAUUCAUCAAU